AUGUGCAUGAAGGUCUUCGCCCUCCACCGCUGCCGCACCCCCGCGAACGGCGGGUGCGACGGCUACUUCGCCGAGUACCUCCAGGACCAGGGCUGCAACAGGAUGAUGCACGGCGGGCUCCCCCAGCUCGACUGCCGCACGGUCUGGGCCGGCUUCGAGGACGAGAGGAGCGCCAAGGUCAACCACCGCGACUCGUACGCCAAGCGGGCCCGCCUGUGCCCCGCGUGCCAGCACGCCCGGCAGAUGGCCGAACCGCCCACCUCGCGGCCCCUCGUCGCGGAUCUCACGCGGCGGGCGGAGCUCGGCCGCACCGAGUUCCUGCUGCGGGUGUACCACGAGCUGUGGGACGCGGCGCGGUGCCUCGUCGCCGGGCUCAGCGCCCGGACGGACGCCGCCUGGGACGCCAUCGAGGCGGCGCUGCGGGCGCACUUUGAGGGCGGCGGCGGCGGAGGCAUGGCGACGACCCCCGCGCGGGCCCUGGUCGCGGCGCUGUGGGAGGCGAAGAGGGGCCUGACGGGCCACGUGCGGACGAGCGUCAAGGAGCUGGCCGUCGCGCUCGUGGGGCCCAACGAGUGCUGGGACGACGACCUCGAGCUCGGGGGGUACAUUGACGAGGACUGGAGGCGGCAGCGGCAGGCGGCAGUGGAGGCCUCGCGCAAGACGGCGCAGGACGCGGAGGAGCGGGAGGAGGAGCAGCACGGGCUGCGGCGUCGCUGA